GGAGAAAGGCCCCACAGUAUAUCCACUUCACAAGACCCUCAAUUACAAUUCGCAGCGCAGGGAAGGAUCUGAAGCAGCAGAAGCCCUAAUCUACUUCCUCAUAUUUUUCUCUCGUUAACCAUGUCACGACGAGAACGAGAUGCUCGGGAUUCCGACUCUAGACGGCAUCGUUCAGGCUUCGACAGGGAACCCAGUCCUAAGAGGUCUAGGAGGGAUGGAAAACCAGAGACUGAGAGAGUUCCUAGCAAUACCAACUUGGAUGUUGAAGAUCAUGCAGAUCGGGAUCAAAAGCAUCGCAGACGGCUGCAAGAUGCGUUGCCUCUCGAGGCUUCUUCAGCACCUGAGUCCAAGGCAGAGUCUGGUAGUGUCAGCAAGGAAACUGACAAGAAACCCAAUGGACAUCAUGAAGGAAGCAAGCAUUCUGAUCCAACUGAAGUUCCUCGGUCUCGAUCUUAUUAUCAGCACGAUGAGCGUGGUAAUGCCGCGCAAGUUGGUCGAAACUUUGGUCGGAGAGCAACUGCUGAGCGUCAAUGGAGGGAUUCAAAGGAUGUCAGAAAUGAAAGAGCGAUGGACAAGUCAUCAACUUAUGAUUCACGGCAAAGAGAUGAAAAAGCACAAGCUAAGGGGGGGGACAAUGUCUGGCGCCAUGAUGGUUUCUUCAAAAUGGAGGCUGAACCAGCACCACCUGUGAGGAAAAGACCUGCAUUUAGGGAGAAGAAAAUUCCAGUGGACUCUGAAAAUGCUGAGAAAGCAACUAGUGAGCCUGCAAGACAGGGUCAUUCUGAUCGUCCCACAUCAGUAAGUGAGAGGAGGGAUCUCGUGAGUGAAAGGAGAGAGGAAAGAGAUCGAAACCCUCGCCAUUCUGAUAGAUAUGAGAGGCCAGUGUUAGGAGACAAGAGAGAACCACAGAGGGGUAGUAUCAUGUCAAGGGAAAGAUACACUGGUGGUGGUGGGGGCGGCGGCAAUUACAGAGGAAGAGAGAGAUUUAGUGGAAGGCAAGGUUAUCGCCCAAGUGGCACUCGAGUAGAAAAAUGGAAGCAUGAUUUGUAUGAUGAGGCUAAUAGGAGUCCAAUCACAAAGAAUGAGGAGGAUCAGAUUGCAAAAGUUGAGGAACUCUUGGCUUCAUAACUACGAGGAUGGAGUUAUUGAUCUGCAUAAUGUGGUCUGUCUGGUUCAUUUAGAACCGAGGAAAAGUUUUAUAUUUACUUUUUCAUAUUUUUGCUCUUCCAAGACAUUUUGAGCACAAGGUUGAAAUUGGAAUCACUUGUGUUCGUGACUUCAAUUUCCGUCAUUGAGUUGGCCUAUCUGUUUAGUGACAUAAAUUUUCUACUAUUUGCUUUUUUGAGGUAUUUUAACUUAAGUUGCUAAUUGUCGCCAAAUUUCAGGUAAAUAUCAUCUUUUACUUUUGUUUGGAA